UUUGAGAAGUUUGAAUCUGUUAUUUGGGUAAAUCUGUUGGAACCAUGAUUCCUUGGUAGUACUGACAAACAGUAAUCACUUCACAAACCACAAACUCAACUUAGUAUUAAGUUGUGUUGUAGUAACCAUUAUUGUCAUCCCAAACACACCUUUACAGGAACACUCAACAAUGCUAGAUCCGGCCACUGAACUGCUGCCACCACCAUCUUCACCCACCAAUUCAUCCAUUUCCUCCUCUGAUCUUGACACCGAGUCUACGGGAUCCUUCUUCCAUGACAGAAGCACCACACUGGGCACUCUUAUGGGUGUGAGCUUCCCGGCUAUUACCUUCAGAGCCUCCGACAGCCACCCACAUUCAACCAUCUCCGCCGCUGCCGCCGCUGUGGGUGGCCCCCAGAGGGCUGCAGAGUCUAAGAAGAAGAAGGCCAUCGUGGCUGCGGAGCGGCGGCGGAAGUGGUGGUGGCUGUGCAGGGACGGCGACGCGAGGCCGGCUUCUCUCGGUGAGUUUCUCGAGGUGGAACGGCGGUGCGGCGACGGCGCGUUUUAUGGUGCGGCGGCGGAACUUGAAGGAAUGGUGAUGGAUUCGCCAAGGAACCACGGCCGGGCUUUGUUUUCCGACGGGAGGGUUCUUCCUCCGUCGGGCGUUGACGACGGAGCAUCGACGGCGGGAAGUCUUUGCAGUAGAUUCCCAGUUUUACUCACCGGGAUCUGUAGCGGCGGCGCUGGAUAAGAUUGAGUUUGAAUUUUGAUUCUUUCCUCUCUUUUUUUUUUAAAUAAACUGAAGAGAAAAAAAUGGUUGAUAAUUUUUUUUAAGAAUCGUUUGUUAUUAUUACAAUUCUUAUAUGUUGUGAUUCACAUGCAGACUUUUACUUUUUA